ACACAAUCAUUCAUAUCUCUCUCUCUCACAGUUCUCAUUCUCUCUCUAGAAUUGAAACAGUACUACUGUUACCCAAAACAAGCUUCUUUGGUGGUGAGUUCAUGCACUGUAGAAAGAAGAAAAAACUGUGAAGUCAUCUCUCGUAGUGAGUCUUCAACUCUAAAUGACAAAAAGCUUCGCCGGUUCCUUUAGUUCGCCGGCGACCUCUUGGCUUUUUCUCACACCGGAUAUCCGAUCUUCACCUUCACCACUAGUUUCCGGCAUCAAUUGGGAGUACAUCACCUUAUCAGUAACCAAGUCACGUAAAAAAGAAGAAGAGAUCAAUGGCUGCUUCAGAGAAUCGCACUGAUAUUCUUCUCAAGGUGAUUGAGGAAGAAUGCAGUGAAGAAGCAGAAGAUGUGAACAGAAACUCAACUGAGAGUGAACAAAGGGCAUAUACCAUUGAUGAUAGGAUAGAGCAAAAAAGGCAUCAGGUUAUCCAAAACCAAAAAGGAGGCUGGAAGAUAGCAUUUCUCUUAUUGGUGAACCAAGGUCUAGCAACUCUUGCUUUCUUCGGCGUGGGGGUGAACUUGGUUUUGUUUUUAACAAGGGUUCUUGGGCAAGAUAAUGCCGAUGCAGCAAAUAGUGUUAGCAAGUGGACUGGCACUGUGUAUAUGUUCUCUUUGGUGGGUGCAUUUCUAAGUGAUUCAUACUGGGGCAGAUACUUGACCUGUGGAAUUUUUCAGAUCAUAUUUGUAGUGGGUUUGGUGUUGCUAUCACUUGCAUCUUGGUUAUUCCUCAUCAAACCAGAUGAUUGUGGAGAUGGAGUAUUACCUUGUACACCUAAGUCUUCAGUCGGUGUCCCAAUCUUCUACUUGUCAAUUUACCUAAUUGCUUUAGGAUAUGGUGGGCAUCAACCUACCGUAGCCACUUUUGGAUCUGAUCAGCUUGUUGGAGAGGGUGCAAAGGCCACAUUCUUCUGCUAUUUUUAUUUUGCAUUAAAUGUUGGUUCUUUCUUCUCUAACUCCAUACUAGUCUAUUUUGAGGAUACUGGUAAAUGGACUACAGGAUUCUUUGCUUCCACAGCAUCUGCAAUUUUAGGCCUUAUCAUCUAUGGGUUAGGGACACCCUGUUACAAGUAUUUUAAGCCAUGUGGAAACCCAUUGCCUCGCGUUGCUCAGGUAUUUGUGGCGACCUUUAAGAAAUGGAAGGUGAUUGCCCCUGAAGAUGGAGACAAACUCUACGAGAUGGAAGGUUCGGAAUCAGCAAUUAAAGGCAGUAGGAAGAUCAUGCACAGUAAUGAGCUUCGGUUCUUAGAUAAGGCAGCAACUGUGACAGAGAAAGAUUUAAGUGGACAGAAUAAGGACCCAUGGAGGCUUUGCACAGUAACUCAAGUAGAAGAGGCAAAAUGUGUAUUAAAGAUGCUGCCCAUCUGGGUAUGUACCAUCAUCUAUUCUGUUGUCUUCACUCAAAUGGCCUCCCUCUUUGUAGAGCAAGGAGCAGUUAUGGACACUACGACUACUGGUGACUUUCACCUUCCAGCUGCAAGUAUGUCUGUUUUUGAUAUAUGUAGUGUCCUCAUCUUCACUUGCAUCUACCGCCAAAUCCUCGUUCCUGUCACUGGAAGAUUAACAGGAAAUCCGAAGGGCCUCACUGAGCUUCAACGAAUGGGAGUAGGACUCAUCAUUGGAAUGUUAUCAAUGGUGGCUGCUGGGAUCACUGAGAUUGAAAGACUGAAAAGGGUAAGCCCUGGAGAAGAGGUUAGCUCCUUGAGUAUAUUUUGGCAAAUACCACAAUACAUGCUUGUGGGAGCUUCUGAAGUGUUUAUGUAUGUGGGUCAGUUAGAGUUCUUUAGUGGUCAGGCACCAGAUGGUAUUAAGAGCUUUGGAAGUUCCCUUUGCAUGGCUUCAAUCUCUUUUGGGAACUAUGUUAGUAGCAUUCUUGUUAACAUGGUUAUGGUCAUUACAACCAAGAACAAGAAGCCUGGUUGGAUUCCUGGUGACCUUAACAGUGGUCAUAUGGACAGAUUCUACUUUCUCCUUGCUGGGUUAACUGCCAUUGAUUUCUUUAUUUACUUAUACUGUGCCAAAUGGUAUAAGUGUAUCAACCUUGAAGACGAUACCCAAGGGAUUGAGAUGGAAACACAAAGAAAUGAUGUACUUGGAAGAGUCUAAUUCUCAACUCAACUUCAUUGGAGGUCUAUGACUGGUUUCCUCACUUUUUUAUCACUCGGUUGAAGAAUCAAAUAAGAUUAUCUUUGGAUAUAUUUUCUAUGAACAGUGUGCUUGAGAUCAAUCGGUAUUGACAGUUAAAUGGAAAUUUACUUGGUCUGAUGAAGAUAUUGUGUUGAUAACUGUAGUGAUCAAGAUCCAUGACUUGAACCAGUGCAGAGGUCCAGAGGCAAAAGUUGAACAUUUAGACAACAAAGCUAUUGUAGAAUUUAGAGGGAGACCUGAAAGUAAUAUUGCUCCUUUAGUUUCAUCUCUUCUUAUUAAGGUAGAGUGACUGUUAAGGUAGGUGGAGCAGAUAAGAACCCAGGAAGGAUUUUUACUAUUCGUAUGUUGUAGGCCUGGUUCUGCCUUGGUUUUCUUUUCAUAAUUAAUAAUCUCAGUUGUUGAUCAUCUUUGAACAUCA